AUGAGCAUCGGGUCGGAGGGAGCCAGCUCAAAUAGCAUCCAGGUUCAUCCUGGCCCUGCUUCGGCCGGAUCCGCUUCUUCUUCUGCCAACCCUGCCUCCAACGCCGACUCUUUCCCACGCACACCAUCACCACCACCACCACCAUCGUCAAAAGCGCAGACAAGCUUGCAACCUCAAUCUCAACCACAGCAAAAGCAGAUUCAGCAGCAACGACAACCUGCACCACCACCACCACAACAGACAACCACAAAAUAUCAGCAGCCGUUACUACCCAAAUCGCAGCAGAAUGACCCAUCAACAACGAAAAGCGAUGCAAGCUCUGCGCCCGCUGUGACGCAGACUCCUCAACGGCCUCCUCCUCCUGCCAGUGCAGUCAGUCUUCACGAUGCCGCAGCCAAGGCUGCUGCUGCGAAGGCCGCCAAUGCUGUGAACGGAGGUGCUCCACAGUCGGUUACACCAAUAGCGCCAAAGCAGCCCGCUACACAAACAACAGCGCCAUCAUCGCAGUCAGGUCAGCAGUCAGCCGCAACAAACGCCGAGUCCGAUGCGACCGCAGCUCCGAAGAAAGUUAGCAAAGCCAAAGCAAAUAAGCAGCCAGGAUGCACCGGCAAACCUAAGCAGAAGCGUCGCGCGAAUCAGGUUAAAGCCCAGGAUGACUUGGUGUAUCGUCCAGCUCCCAGCACUGCGGGCGGUACCAUUGGAGCAGCACCCGACGCGACAAUACCUGCCAUGCUGACAGCAGCCGGCGGUGGUCGCAAGGCGCUUCCGGAGCUUGUACUGCCCUUCCAGCUACCCUAUACCGACAUUCGACCAGAAAUGCCGAUGCUCGACAAUGCAAGUGUACAAGCUGCUAUGGCCAUGGGCGCUUCAGAGACGUCUUCUCUUGACACUGGUAGCGACAGCGAUGACUAUUCAGUCAUGUCUGACGACUCAGACCUCGACAGCGAGGCUGAAGAGAGCCGCAGGGAAGCUCGUAGGCGACGACGAGAGCCAGCUACCAUCGAAGAGAGCCUGGUGUUGCUUCAGUCGUUGCGACAGUCCCGACUCUCGCACCUCUCAUCGCUGCUCACGCCCUUCAGUCAGCGUGUCAGAUCCGGCAUGAUCUACCCGAAUGUGCUGCCACUCAGUCUGCUCCAUGGUCUCAACCCACGCGAGCCCCAUAUUCUGAUUCAGCUCGGACGUGCCGACAUCCACGUUGGUCCUCACGUCUUCAUGAAGACCAAAUUCUGGGAGGUGCGACCCGACUACGAGUUGCCUCCCGCCAUGAAUCUGAUCGGCGGACUGCGCGGACCCGUAUCGUAUGGAGGCAGACCCAGCUAUGCACGCAUGGCUCCAUCGCAGCCGCUGCCUCAGCCUCAUACGCCGCAACUGCCUUCGCCGCGUGCGAUGCUUUCGGUGUCUCAGCCAGCCGUGCCAUUAGCUCGUCCCCCAACAGCCUCGACCAAACCACCGAUUGUUCGUCCGGCUGCAUCUGCAGUACCCGCUUCCAGCAACGCGACGACUGCAGCGACGUCGGCUGUGUCAAAACCUGCGGCCAUGCCUACACCCACCCUGCCAGCAACGCCCAUCGCAGGGCCGGCAGCUGCUCGUCCCAUUGCACCAGCCAAGACUCAAGUGACAGCCCCAACGGCAGCUUCAUCAACCUCUGCCUCGACACCGGCGACGACAGCUGCAUCAACACAAGCAGUGAAGCCUGUAAGCACUGCUUCUGCUCCUGCAGCUGCCACCCCUCCGACACCGGUCAAGCCUGCUGUAACAUCGACCUCUGCAUCCGGAGCGACUGCGACCGCAACCAGCAAUGCUGAGAGCAAGCCGGCGACGACAGUUUCAACUCCUGUCACGCUUGCGCCGAAGCCGAUCGCAAUGCCUGUGUCCCUUCCACGACCACCCAUGACGACACCCUCCUUGCCUAGACCACCGAGCAUCAACCAGAACAACAUUCCUUCUAGCGCGAAUCCGGCUUCGGCUCCGUCAGCGGGAGGUGCGUCUGCCUCGAAUUCUGCUUCGGGUGCUUUGGCAGCUCCGAAACCGGCUGCACGAACGACAGCGUCUUCGUCAAAGCCGACUGCGUCCACGUCUGCUACUGCUGCUCCCGCAUCAGCUUCCAGCUCGGCUCCGACAACCGCUACCACUCCAGCAGCAGUAACCGUGACACAGACAGCUCCCGCAGCAGGUCAGGCUUCGACAGCGCCCAAGCCGCCUGCCAAUGCAGUUCUAAAUGCAGGUGCAGCUCCGGCACCGGGUCGUCCAGCAGGUCCUCCGCCUCCGCCAGCCAUCGACGCUGUGCUAGUGUCUCGGGUCAACGCCACCGCAGCGCUCAACCCCGAACUGCAGGAGCUGCUCCACAUUGCAGCCUCAGGCAAAGCCAAUCCGAACCAGCUCAAAGCCCUUGGCGUAUGGAUCCAGGCCAUCACUGCCCAGCUCCGACAGGACGAGGCACGGAACGCAGCUGCAGCCAACAAUGCCGCUGCUGCGUCAGGUUCUCGUGCCGGCGCCUCUGCUUCGACCACAGCGGAUGGAAAGAAGACAAAGAAGAGCAAAGUAGACGAAGCGGCCAAAACAAACAAGAAGCAGGCCAAGAUCGAAGAGCGCGAAGCCAAGAAGAAGGCCAAAGCGGAAGCUAAGGCCAAAGCGCAGACAGACAAACAACAAGUACAGAAGCAGCAAAAGGAGAAGCAGCAGAUGCUUCAGCAGCAACACCAAAUGCAGCAGCAUCAGCACCAGGCACCGAUCUCAAACAAGCUGCGUCACCCUCCUCCCAGCUGGCCCACCGACGGCCCCCCGGAGCCGCCCGUGAUCAUUGUCGAGUUCCGCGAGAACCCAAGCAUGCGCUUCAUCCUGCCGCUUUGGAAGUGUCUUGUAGAGCGCACAGAGGGUAUGGAGCGACCGUCCGCUCCAAAGGUCAAGAAGGAGAGGCGUGGCUUCUUCGACAAUGACUCGGAAGAUGAGGAGAGUCAGAGGAUUGAGCCUGAGCUCAAGCUGAGCUUCUUUGCUCCUUCACUUGGAUCAGAUGCUGCUGAUGGAAGUGGACUUUGCGAGUUGGAGGAGGAGCUCAAACGCAAAGCGGCCGAAGAGGCCAAGCUGAACGCGGCCAGCGCACCUUCGACACCCGUACAGAGCAGCACCUCCGCGAAUGGCACUGCUUCACCUACCGCAUCGCCAGAGGUCGUCGAUAAGAAGGACGAGGCAGCAUCGGGCAACAAGAAGAAGAAGGGCAGCACUGCAGCAGGCGGUAAGAAGGGUAACAAGGCUGUCAAACAGAAAGCUACCGACACUUCUCUGUCUCUAGACUACUCUCAGAGCAAGAAGCACGAGGUGUAUCCUCUCACUUGGAGCAUUAAGGGCGGCGUGACCGAGAGUCUCUGGGAAGCAUUUGGUCGAGUGCCCGGCACCAUGACGUUGCAGCCGGCCAAGCGAGAGCCCGAGAUCGAACUCGAGCCGGAUGUAGCUGAGUUCUUGGUCCCCGAGAUCCGCUACCACCUGCUCGACUUGCCAAUGGAAGAGAUCAAGAUCCAGAAGGAAACGACCGACACGUUUGUGGAUCUGUACAGCCAGAUGCCGGAUCGUCGCUUCAUUCUGCCACGCGUUGCUCCAGCAAUGUUGCCGCAAGGUCUCGAGGAUCACCUGCAGGACCGUUUCGCGGUACGACCUCAAUGCAUCCAGGGUCGACCCAUAGUCAAACGCAAAGCAGGUGCACACGACGACGUCAGCUUCUCCUACGAAGGCAUCGGACUGGCCGUAAUCGGUCCGAACGGUGUCAAGACCGAACCUGGUGCCACACCGCCCAAGCCACCGAAGCGAAAGCGACACGUUGCAACACACAACCCUGACGGCUCGAUCAAGAGCUGCGGUGCUUGCGGUAAGACCAAGACACCCAUGUGGCGACGUGGACCCAAAGGACCAUCGCAGCUGUGCAACGCUUGCGGUGCGCGAUGGAAAGCAGGCCGUCUUGUCGUACCUGAAGUAGCACCUCCUCCGAUCAUUGAGGCUGAAGAGGAUAAGUCGAAGGAGGAAGAAGCACGUAAGGAGGACGAGGCGAAAGCGUCAAUGCAUGGAAGCAACGCGCUGGUGAUCCCACAGAGCUCAGAUGUAGAUGGUGGAAGCUACACGGCCAUGGCGCCGAGUGGACUGGUUGGUGGAGCUGCGCCGUUUGAAGAUCAUGGUCGCAAUGGGCUUUUUUCGCUCCCGUCUGAUGUCGGAUCCAGCCACAUGGGUCGUGGAUCGACGAGUCCGAGUCCAUUCAUUCGAUCGCCUGUUCCAGAAGACGGUAUCAUGCCAGCUUCGGUGGACCCGAGCAUGCUAUCGGGAUCGAUGCGAGUGGGUUCGCAUCGCCGAUGA